AUGCCCCAAAGUCUACUCAACUCAGGAUUCGGUGGUCUCAUCGGGGUCUCGCUUCGGCGAUUCGAUAUUGAAGUUCCCGUCAUCGUUAACAUCCCAGCUGCUGGCGCCCCGUUGGUGCUUGUUCUUCUUGGCCUUGCCACGCUUCUGCUUCUUCUUGCGUUGGCGUGGGUGUGCCUCGGGCCGGUGCUGGCUACGGUCGACACUAGCACCCUCGUGGCUGUAUGUGCUGUCAUCGUGGUCGUGGUUGACCUGAAGCCUCGGCAUGAUCAACAGUACCUGGCCAUUCGGGCCACGUCCAAAGCGAUAUCCAUCCAGAAGACCAGCGUCCUCGAUCUGACGCUGAGUCCAGCCUUCACGGAUGGCCCGUUGGUAAUCCCAGAACGCGUCGAGUGGGAAGGAGGAGAUUUGAACGGGAAAGCUGUUCUCAGACGAUGGUACGGCUCAGAAGAUGCAGAAGCCGAUGAACGCGCAGAGCACGAAGAACAUGGGAAAGGAAUGAAGGAAAAGAGGGACAGAGGAGUAGAGGGGAAAUUGGAAGCGAGGGUGGGCGACGACAUGCUGAGGAUAUUGCCUGUUGGCGGGUGGGCGGUGCGCGCCAAAAGGGAAGGCGCGGCGGCGGCGACACUUGCCAUAAAUUGCUCGAGCAGCAGGAAUCCCCCGUUCCUGCUGGCAUGCAGGACUUGUUUUACUUACGACCCUAAGGUAUAG